AUUUGUUUUUUUUUUCAAAUGAAUAACAACGACUUUAAUAGCAAUACAUUUACUUGGGCAUUGAAUGAUCAAGCAGUGAAUACAACCAUGGACAAAAAAGAGAUUGAACCUUAUGGUUUCUCUGAUGCUGAUCUCUUUCAGUUCUUGUUGGGUGACGAAGCCCAACAAACUGCAUUACCGGACACCAAGUCUAGCAUGGAUGAAGAUUCUAGUGAGGAUGCUAGAGAAGAGAAAAGACCUGUUGUCACAUCCAGCACAAGUCGGUUAGAUUUUCGACCGAUCAAUGAUUUUAUUCCAGAGUCACAACUAAAGACAAUGAGCUCCAAAGAGCGUAGACAACUAAGAAAUAAGAUAUCUGCACGUAACUUUAGAAAUAGAAGAAAAGAAUACAUUGGUACUUUGGAAGAUGAACUCAAUGAGCAAAAAGCAGAGAAUAGUCAACUGAAGCUAGAAUUGAAGUGGGCCAAAGCAAAGAUGGAAACAUUGGAGAAAGAAAAUGAUAAGCUUCGUCUUGAUUUGAUGUUGGGUGUAUUAUCUACACCGCAAAUACAACAGACACCACCCUUUACGAUCGAAUCUUCCAGCCUUAUCAAUUCAUCCUCUUCUGAUGAGUCUAACCUGUCUUCUCCACCCAAUUUGUUUACAGAUUUCCCUGAUAAUUGGGACUUUGUACUUCCUCAAACACAACAAGAUACUUACUUGGCACAUGCUACUGUUCCCAAUUGGAAUAUCAAUCAAGUAUUAUCCAAAGAAACCUAUGUCGCACCAGACAGUCAGUUGUUAUUCCGACAAUACCCACUCCUUGCUCCUGCUUUAAUGUCAAUCGUUUUGACUCAUACUAUGACUAUGAGCACGGAUGAAAUCUUGGCUACCUCCAAAUUAUCUCCUCUUCCUAUCACUGCCCCUACUAAAAAUACUACACAUACUAAUGCCCCUCUUGGUAACAUGACCAAUAAGGAAGCACAGGCUGUUUGGGAUAUUUUGGAACCACUUACAUUAUUAAACGAAAGAAACAAAAAUAUCACUACCACAGACGAAGAACCAGCUGUGCAGGAAAAGGUGGGUCCUUGCAACAUUCGCGCAGCUUACAAAAACGUGGUUCUUCCAUACUGUCCAGUAUCUUGGCUUCAGACAAGAGUAUGCAAAUACCUCUGUGAGUAUGUUGCCAAAUAUACAGCUGGUUGCCCUUCCCGUUGGGGCAAAGAGCCUACAAUAAUUCAAAAACCGUUGGUCCGUGAACAGAUCAACAAAUCCGAGCAAUACAUUACUACUUGCUCAUAAAUCAUACCUUUAUUUCAUUCUGCCUUUUUGUACAUACACAUAUAUAUUUUAAUUAAUAAAUAUUUUUUUUUUUUACACCACUCGA